CAUACACUCACAACCUAUUGUACAGUGGUAUCACAUACAAGAAGGCCAAAUUAAAUUACAAUUCCUUUGUUUCUAUCUUGUGACAGCAAGAACUCAACCCCACCCAAACUCUCUCUCCUCUGUUUCUAUAAUUACCAGAAAUCAGGGAGAAUUUUCUGGUUCUUGUAUUUGUCUUCUAAACAGCAAAUCCUAAGUUUUGUUAGUUUCUAAAACCUUAAGGUAUUAAAGCAAGGAGCCAAAGAACCAAAAAAAUAUCCAAAGAGAUUAGCCUCAUUAAUUGAUCAAAUUCCAGAAUUAAGCUGAACAAGCUUGAAAAGGGUCUUUUCUUGAAGACAAACAUAAAGGGUUCCAUCCAGAAAGAUCUCCUUUUUAGUCUUCUUAAGCAGCUUUCUUUUUCAUUAUUCACUCUUCCAAAAAUGUCAAACCUCUCUUCUGGGAAUAGUAGUGCAGGUACAGAAGAAGCAGAUGAAACUUCCAACAUGUUGUCUAGUACAAGUAAUGGAUCUAGUGUUCAUCAAGAACAAGCUCUUCCUAAUAAGAAGAGAAGGAAAUUACCUGGAAAUCCUGAUCCUAGUGCAGAAGUUAUUGCCUUAUCACCAAAAACCCUAAUGGCGACAAAUAGGUUCAUCUGUGAAGUGUGCAAUAAAGGCUUCCAAAGGGAACAAAACCUUCAAUUACACAGGAGAGGACAUAAUCUACCAUGGAAACUAAAACAGAAAACAAGCAUUGAGAUAAAGAAACGAGUGUAUAUUUGCCCUGAACCUUCGUGUAUCCACCAUAAUCCUGCUCGUGCUCUUGGGGAUCUCACGGGGAUUAAGAAACAUUUUUCUCGUAAACAUGGAGAAAAGAAAUGGAAAUGUGACAAGUGCUCCAAAAAGUAUGCAGUGCUAUCUGACUGGAAAGCCCAUUCUAAAACUUGUGGCACAAAGGAGUACAAAUGUGACUGUGGUACCAUCUUCUCCAGGUUAAUUUUAUUCUUUUCGAAGAUUAUAGGAGUAAUAAGUAGUAGCAAUUUACAUGCUGAAAUCCCAUUUAUAAGAUUAAAUUAUUCGAGAAAGUUUGAAUUUAUUUUCUUAAUCGUAUGUUUAACAUGUUCUGUAGUCUCUCACUUGUAGGCUUGAUUUUUAUGAGUCACAGUGUCUGUCACACAAGUGAAUUUUUUUAUAUUAAUAGGCGAGAGUGAAAUUGAAUUUAAGAUCUUUGCCUAUACUCUGAUAUUAUGUUAAACUAUACGACCUCGUUUUAAACUAUGUAAAAUUUGUACUAGCUAUUUCGGUGUAGCAUCU